UUACAGUAACUCGGUUCCUGUGCGAAAGGAUGGAGUGAUUUCCCUUGGCUCUCGGUUUUUAAAAUGUUCGUUUUACUAUUUAAAAAAACACACAAAAAAAAAAGUUUCUGACAUAAAUGUAAUUAAAGAGCAGCAAGUGGCAGCAAGGAAUAUCUGUGACUCAUGGAGUAAGUGUUUCAAGUAUAUGUAUUUCUUGGUCUUUGGUAUUACCGUAUUGACAAGUACGUUCAGGCACUUAGCUGGCGAAAGAAAGAAUAAAGCUGGAAGAGUUUCUCACUCUACGCAGACAGGAGAACUAAACCUAUUUACUGUAGAACUAUUUAUACAAUUUAUGGAACAGAAUGCCUUUAAAGAUUUGAACCAGUGCUUGCUAAACACUCUGUGCGCUAUCUUGUGAUAGAUUGUAACAGUGGAAGAUCUCUUCGUUGGAAACUUACGCAUGGACCCCGCAGUGGUGAGUGGGAUGACUAGGUCUCUAAUCUUCUAAAAUAAAACUGCACAACAUUUUGAGUUGACAAGGCUGAUGUAGUAGGUGCUGAUAUCACGUGCUGAGAUAAUGGCAGAUUGAGAUAAACAGUAUUGCCCACAUUGUAGCUGUUUUACAUCUAAAAUUAACUCAUACUGUUGGCUUAAAACUUCGUAUCGAAAAUUCAUUAAUCAGUCAUCAACAUUUUUUGAUAGUCUUCGGGAAUUUCCAAAUGGCUUAGCGUUAAGUGAAACAAAAAGAUACACAUGUGUAUAUACAUAGAAUCUCUCAAAUUGACAUAGUUGAUAGCUCAGGAUUUUCUACUGAUUCGUUUCGUGUUGUGGUACACAAUUUAUACUUAAAUAGCAAUCUUGCGGAUUUGUGUUGAAUUCACUGGGAAAUGUUUGACUUUGUAAACUAGAUGUCACCAAGCCUCGGAUAUCUCUCAAUUACAUCGACGUCAGUGUUCUAAGCGGCUGUCGCUGUGAUUGUUGGUGGGGGUGUGAUUUUCUGGCAAGGAACGCGAGCCAAAAGUUGUAACGGACAAUGAGUCGACGCGCUAGCUUGUUAGCCAAACAGGAGAAGAGGAAACCCAGAGUCCGUUUCCCGGAUGAGUUAGUGUUCUUAGACAACAUGAAGGGCAAUGACAUCCAGGCGUGUCACUCGAUGCUGAGGCGAGCCAGUGUCCAGCUGGAUAUCAAUGGUCUCGACGCUAAUGGUUUGACACCUCUCCAUAAUGCCGUGCUGGAAGGAAAUCUGGCAGCAGUGAAACUUUUGGUCCAGCACGGAGCUGACGUGAACAAGAAGGAUGUGGAUACCUGGACACCGCUUCAUGCAGCAUGUGCCAACGGCGAGGCGGACAUUGCCAGGUAUUUGUUAAGUAAGGGCGCCAGUAAGGACAUUAAGACUAACGAUGGUGAGCGGCCCCUUGACCUUUGUGACGCCAGGGACUUCUCCGUCAUUAGCGUCAUGCUGGAGAGUGACUCGGCCCGCAAGGCCAAACUCAAGGACCUCAAGGACGAUGAGUUCAAGGACGACGACCUCAACAACAACAGCGAGGACGAAGCGGACGGGAGACACUCUGCAGGCAGCAGCGACGCCAGCCCCGAACCUCAGCGCCGUUCCACGGGCCGCAACGACGCCAAAAACGCCAACAUUAAGUCGAGCACCUCUGGCCUGGUCAAAGCGAUGGGCAGCCUAAAGACUGUAAUGGAGGAUAAUGUCUCCUUUGACCUACCUUCUCCGGACGUGAAAAGUUCGACCAACGACCCAUUUUCUCGGAGCACCAACAAAUCUCCCGUACCUCAGAGAAAUAGUCCAACAUCAAAGUUACCCCCAGCAACUGGACACUCCAUUCUGAAAAAAUCCAAAUAAUAUAUAUGAUUAAAGGGGGAGGGGGCAGUCUUUAACUAAAUAUUGAAGUUGGGUCAAAGGUUAACAUAGCAAUAAAAGGAUGUCGAUUCCAGAAUCGAUUAUUUUAAAUGAAGAUAUCCUUGCGCGAUACAUUACUUAAUAAAGAUAUAUCUUUGUCCGUUUUAUUACUUGAUUAGAAUACUGUUGAUUCUCUUAAUACUUAAUAAUGCCUUUAUAUUGCCCGCGUGUAAUGGUGUGAAGACUCAAUAGGGCAGACAUGUGUUUGAAUCUCAAUGAUUGGGCCAGAAGUUUGAUUUUAUUGAAUUUCACCUUGCGAAUUGGAUUCAAGAGUUUUAAGAAUCAUUUCAGAUGGUAUGGAUUAAAUUAAGUUCUUGUACAUUAGAUAUUACUGCUGAUCCUAAUUGGGGGGUGGGGGGGGUGGGAGGGAAUGUUCCAAUUUGUAAUAUAUUUAAAUAUUCAUAUUAGGCAAAACAAAUAUUGGCAGAAAAUUAUUUUGACUCAAAAGACAAUAGUUAAAAUUAUAGCCCUACAAGUAUUGUCAAUCCAUUAAUGCCUCAUCAUUUUUAUACAACAAUCCAAACAAAAGACACAGGAGAGGAAGAUGAUUACAAUCCAUGAUUAUGUACAUCUUAUAUAGGAAUAUAAGAUUAAUCAUUUAGCAUUAGUACGAGUCAUUAUAUGAACAUUAUCUAGACGAGUUUAAUAUUUGUUACCUAAUGUGACUGACCUAGGAUUAUAACAAGAAAGUGGUGUUUGGUAGUGGUCAAAGGGAAAUAAUUGGUAGACAUUUUAUUUCAAGUCUCUUGAACGUUCGGCUCUAGUAUUUUAAAAGUUAUCUCCCUUUGUCUAAUUUAAAAAAAAAUAUAUAUAUAUAUAUAUAUAUAUAUAUAUAUAUAUAUAUAUAUAUUGUAUGUACACAUUGCAUUCAGAACAUAAUACUUGUAUUGAAAGCUGUCAAAAGAAUUAAACAAUUCUAAUGAGUAAGGUCAAAGAAUUAAACAAUUCUAAUGAGUAAGGUCAAAGAAUUAAACAAUUCUAAUGAGUAAGGUCAAAGAAUUAAACAAUUCUAAUGAGUAAGGUCAAAGAAGAAAGUACAUUUUUAAAAAAAAAAAGAAGAAAAAAAGAAUAUUGUUGCUAAUCAAACUAUGUUCUGUCAAGUGUUCAGCCAUUCCAACUAACACUAACCCAAUCUUAACAAAAUCUUCAGACUCCGAUGUCUUGGUCUCAAGUCCUGAUGUAGGCUGGGAUAAUGACGCAACUUUCAGAAUGUUUUAGAAUCCAUUUAGACGUCAUAAAAAUCAAAACAUCUGUCGAGUAGUUUGCGGUUGUUCUUUUUGCUAGUUAUUUGCCAACUACAGAGAUAAAAAAUUUUAUGAGUAAAUGGGUUAUCACGUCUAAGCAGGUCCCGUAAGACAUUGUUUUUGAGGGAUUUGUGUAUGGAAACAUUUCUUCAACAGUGAUGCAAGUAACCAGUGGCUGCGUUAGAGUCAUUUCAACAAGAAAUGUUGUCCACACACAAUGGUCUUCUUAGCCACGUGAAACACUGACCUCUUCCUGCUGUCUUCUUUACGACAUUCGAAUUAUUAUUGUUGAUAGUAAAGAAAGAACUAUUUGUGUACAAUCUAACUUAAAGACAAUAUCCCAGUUGUGGGCCUUGUCUGUCACAAUCACGUCCGGUACAAAUAGCGUCCCUAGAAACUUGAUAUUUCAGAAAAAAAAAUGGAUAAUGAAGAGAUAAAAAUAACCAAUAACAGCAUGUAACAACAGCUACAUGGACAUAAUUGAAAAUGUCAUUAUCUCCGGAGAUUACCAACAGAAGUGUUACAUCACUAUCUGAACUUUUUUACUUAUUCAGUUCUAUAAUUAAAAAAACAAACAAACAAACAAUUCUACACUUUAAGAGUCAACUUGAUUUGAAAUGCAAUCCUGUUUCUAGCACUUUGUACAGAUUAAUGCAACAACCAGACUAGAUGGCAGUCACGUGACUUUUGUUUAUAAUUGACCUGGAUAGUUUUCAAUUGAACUUUUUUUUUUAAAGAAUAUUGAUGAUGUGUGUGUGUGUGUGUGUGUUACUAAGUUCUGUGAGAUAUAGUUUAUUACUUGCUGCGUGUGUGUCAGUUUGAGAUUGGCUUUCCCCUUUAAGACGCAACAGUUUGUUUUAUGACAAAACUAAGGAACGAAAUAAAAAUGUCUUACAAUGAAUACACUGUCAGCUACUGUCCAAGUAAAUGUCAUUAUGGUGUUUGAUUUUUCAGCAUAGGAAUUAGUUAAGAAAAUGUUUCCCUUUCAAAGUGUACAUAAUUUUUGACACAUUGUUUAUCCAGAUAUUAAUUACAUCAAGAAAUAAAAUGAAAAUGAGUAUAUAAAACUAGUUGCGCCCUCUCUAGGGCAGUACAGUGCAGUGAAAGGGUUAAUAUAUUUUAUAUGCCUUUGUGACAUUGAAAUUGUGUACCCAUCCUAUGCCUUAUUUUUGGGUCACCACGAAACAGUCUUGUUGUCAUCGAAUUUAGCUUGUCUAGUAUUGAACAUGCAUAGGUCACAAAGUCUCAAAUGUAGAACAUGGCAAAGUUGGCCUUCCAUACUCUCCACUUGGUGUUUACAACUAUGUUAUCAAGCGUAUUGUAUUAUGUGCAAUGGCUCUAUCAAAUGUUUAUCCAAUAAAAAAAAAUAUCUUUGUUCUGCU